GAUUUUUAACCCAGGAUCAUUACGCCGUUUCCGGUUCCUCGGUGGUGUUUCCCCAUAGCAAACUGUAUCGGAGAAGCAGCAGAUCCAGAUGGCAUGGACACUUCCGCAAGGUCUGCCGCUGUGCCGUGCUGCUGGAGCUCACUUGCAGUCUCCUACUCCAACUCAGCUCCAUCAUCAUCAUCAUCGCCCAAGCGCCCCGAGAGCACUGCAGCAACGCGGCCGGCAAUCACAGAGCCAAAGCAGGCGGCAUGAGGCUUGAUUCAGUGCAUUUCUCCAUGCUGGUCAUCGGGGUCUCCUUCGCCUGCUACUCCCCGAGUUUAAAUUCCCUGCAGGACCAGGCUUACAAAUCAGCGGUGGUCAUUGAAGGCAAGGUGCAGGCUGUACCUGUGAAUGUCUCAAAGGAGCCGUACAGUGUGAAUGUCAAAGUGCUAGAUGUUUGGCCGUUGAACAGUGGUGGCCUGGAGCGGGAGCAGCUCGUCACCGUCGGGGAGUUCGGCUCGGAGGCUCCGUGCACCAAAGUAAAAAAGAACCACAAAUAUAUUUUUUUCAUGGACCCAACCGACGAACCCUUAGUAUUUAAGGCAUCCUUUGCUCCCCUAGAUACCAGCGGCAAGAAUCUAAAAAAAGAUGUUGGGAGCAUCUUGUGCGAAGACUGCGCCGCAGCCCCAAAGUUAAAACAGCUGAAGAACCAGGCCGUGUCAGAGGGGGGGAAGCUCUCACUUAAAUGCGAGGCCACCGGGAACCCAGCCCCCUCCUACAAGUGGUACAAAGAUGGCAGCGAACUCAAGAGGAGCAAGGAGAUCAAAAUAAAAUCCAACAAGAAGAACUCCAGGAUUCAGAUCAAUAAAGCAAAGCUAGAGGAUUCUGGGAAUUACAUGUGUGUGGCGGAGAACAUGUUGGGAAAAGAUAACACGACAAGCACCGUCAAUGUCCAAAGCAUUACCACGACGCUGUCUCCAGGCUCCGGUCACACCAGAGGAUGCAACGAGACUGAGAAGACCUACUGUGUGAACGGCGGCGACUGUUACUUCAUACAUGGUAUAAAUCAGCUGUCUUGCAAGUGUCCAAAUGACUUUACUGGUGAUCGCUGUCAAACCUACGUUAUGGCCCGUUUCUACCAGCAUCUUGGAAUUGAAUUUAUGGAAGCUGAGGAGCUCUACCAGAAGCGGGUCCUGACCAUCACCGGCAUCUGCGUGACCCUGCUGGUGGUGGGCAUCGUCUGCGUCGUCGCCUACUGCAAAACCAAGAAACAGAGGAAGAAAAUGCACAACCACCUACGGCAAAACGUGUGCGCUGAUCAUCCCAACCGCAACCUGGCCAACGGGCCCAACCACCCCGGCCCAGGCCCGGAGGAGAUCCCCAUGGUCGAUUACAUGUCGAAGAACCUUCCGGCGACGGAGCACGUGAUCCGGCACACGGCGGAGACUUCCUUCUCCGGCAGCCGCGCAUCUUCCAGAUCCCACCAUUCAUCGACCGCCACGCACUCCUCCAGUCACAGACACGAGGGACAUACAUGGAGCCUGGACAGGACAGGCAGCGCCUUGUCAGAUCCUCCCUCAGGCAUGGGGUCAUCCUCCGUGGGGACCAGUAAAUGCAACAGUCCUGCCUGCAUGGAGGCGCGGGCCAGGCGUGCAGCACACUGUGGCAUUACUGAGCCCCAGAACCCGGCCUCACAGUACAGGGACUCCUUCGACUCGCUGGGGGACUCUCCGCACAGCGACAGGUAUGUGUCGGCAUUGACGACGCCGGCGCGCCUCUCGCCCGUGGACUUCCAUUACUCACUGCCCCCACAGGUGCCUACCUUCCAGAUCACCUCCCCCAACGCCAGCCACGCCAUGUCCCUCCCGCCGGCCGCUCACGCCUCCUACCAGCCGGAGGACGACCAGCCGCUGCUCCGUCGCUACCAGGUGCCACUGCAGGACGCCCGGCGGCACGAACCUUACCGCCAGCGGCGGUACAUUGGCGACAGCACGAGCAGCCUGCCCUCCAGUCCGUACCGGCCGGCGGACGAUGACGAGUAUGAGACCACGCAGGAGUACCUCUCCUCGCGGGAGCAACCAAAGAGAAGCGGGUCGGGCAGCAGGCGCUGGAGGAGGUGCAGGCCCGACGGGCAAGUGCUGCGGGGCACCAUGCUGGCGCGGGACUCCGGCUCGCGGAGCCGCCUGUCGGACAGCGAGUCGGAGGAAGAGGACGGCGAGAGCACGCCCUUCCUCAGUAUGCAGAACAUGAACACGGAGCCAUGCAGCAUUUACAGGCCGCCGGAGGCUCGGACUUUCCGGCCGGGCGGGCGGGGGGGCGUGCCCAGCAGACUGACGCAGGGCCGCUCCAAGCAGGACGGCGUGCCCCUUUAAGAAGCAGCCCGCCCCUUUAAGAAGCAGCACGCCAAUAAGAGUAGACUGUAGACCCGCACCUAUAAGAAAUAUUUUUAUUUUAUAUAACAAACAGAUAUUCCGAACAAAUGAAAUAUUUAUUUUCAUUUUAGCAAAAGUUGUCUACUAGCUAACUGCAAAGACAUUUUUAUAGGGAAAACUAUUUAUAUGUAAAUUUUGAUUUACAGCAUAAAGAACAAGAUGUGCCAAUUUUUUUCGUAAAGGAAAUAGAACAACAUUGUGGUGCCUUUUGCUGUUUGCCGAUGCCAGAGGUCCAGUUCAGUUUUUUGUAGCCUUUCUUAUAUGGACUCCUAUUUUUUAUAGAAAUGUUCCUCUUUUUUCUCCUUUCGUCUUUUUUCUUUGUUAGAACUGUGAUAUUAUCGUUUCAUCACGCAAUAUAUUCCACCGCGGCAUAAGGUGUAUGUUUACAUGACUAUGAUUUGCAGGCAUGUUCAUCUUCAUGUCUCCCGGACAGGAACUGCGGCGGGGUCCUCGUUGUGAUACUCCAUCCUCGUUACAGUGCUCGUUAUGAUGACUCAUACCUGUCGGUCGUUCCCUCGCGGGUGACCGGCAUGCGCGGUUCCUCUCCAGAGGAGCUGGGUGCGUCAUGGAUGCGGUGCCCCUUCAGAGAAACGCUGGUUCUGGGUUCUCAGCACGGUUCUGGGUGUGUCGUGUCGGGGUCCUGGGCGGCCCCCCCCUCCCCAUUCCCUGGGAGUCACAGCCCCGCCUCAUCAACAGUCAUGGGCCAAGAUGCUGCCAGUGUGGGGAUCACAUCCAGCCUCGGCCUGGUUCUGGCCUGCUUGGAUCAUCGCCCCCCUCCCCCCAGUACCCCACAGCUCCAGCUCAGGGCCACACAGUCUCUCAGGACAUCCCAUCGGACAGAACUAACUAAAACGGGCUCCGUCCACAACCCGACGGUCCGUUUCCCAUCCGAGAUGCAGCGGCUGACUGCGAGACUCGGGAGAGGUCAGAAAUGCCAAAAUAUGCAAACUUUGUAUGUAGGUCUGUUUGAUGACAUCAUUUUCUACAAAGUGUGAUGACCGCAGUGGGCCAUGGUCCCUCACGUGAUGUCAGGCGUCGGUGUGAAUGUAAGCCACCAAUUGGGUCAGAGACACGGAACCAACUUCAUAAGCACCACGAAACUGCUACUAUUAUUAUUAUUAUUAUUACUGUUAUUAUUAUUUUUACAGAAAAUGCUAUAAUUUUCUUAAAUCUAUUAUUUAUAAUGUUUAUUUAGCCCUUCCUGCGUCAGUUUUCCCUGUUUUGUGCCAGAACUCGUACCCGGUACCAUUGUGUGCACUGUCUGACCCGCCCCAGUCUCAGUGAGACCUGCGCACGGCAGGUUUUUCUCUCUCCAGUUUCAGUCGUAAUCGUCGACCGGUAGUGACAGGCCAUUAUCGAUUUUUAAAACUGUACCGAAAUCAGAAUUGUCGACGAAGCUGUUUCACAAAGGAAAGGAAAACAUCCACUGUAUUUCUUACACACCCCCCCCCCCAGUUUGGCAAAACUAUAAGAAAAGCAUAUUUUGGCAUUGUGUUUUUAUAGUGAAUCUGCUGUAAAACAAGUAAACAUGUGUUUACAGAAUAUUGACCGUUUAAAAACAACUCCCUUGAUUGAUUCUGAAAAAAAAAGAACGUUAAAUAAGUACUGCUUUAUGAGAAAGCAGUGUGUAUUGGGAAUUAUCUUUCAGAAAUUAUACUAGGUAUGAGUCCAUUACGUUUCUAAUUCUGUAUACGAAUCACUUGAUUAAUGCAGAUGGAGGUAGUGUGUCUCCCUCUUUGUUAAAUGUAAAAUUGCUCCCCCCACCCCAUUAGAAUUCCCUGCACUUUUGCCCAGAAGGUCUCUUUUUAUGUGAUUUAUUUUUUUUUAUCCCAUUGCCUGACCUUUUGACCCUUAAGCCCCCCCGCAUGCCCUUGUGGUCCAGGUACAGUAGAUGGGUGCAUGGUAAAGAACAGAAAGCAAAACGUUCUCCAUUCUGUAAAAGUGUGUCUCAUUUAACAUUAAGCAAUAAAUCCAUUCUCCAUGUUCAUUCUGGAUUAAAAAAAAAAAAGAUCGAAAGUUUUGUCAUAAAAACCUGUAAAAACAGAACCAUCCCACCUGUUCGUAUAGAUUAAAAUAAAUCUUUAUUCAUACCAUUUUAA